AUGGCUCUGUCACGUGUUAAUGGCAAUGAGGAACUUUAUGUUGGCGGCGUCUUUGCACUCCGUCGCGUUCAAACCCUCGAGGAGAAGAACAUCACGCAUAUCCUAUCCGUGAUCGACUACUCGCUCGAAAAGUAUCAGGAACUGCGGGGCAAGUUUCAGCACAUGAGCAUCGACAUUGACGACGUCGAGGAUGCCGAUCUGCUGCGCCACUUUCCCAAGCUGGUCCGCUUCAUCGAUGGAGCACUGCACCCGGCUGGUGAUGUUGAUCAGGAGAUCAGCGACGGGGCCACAGACAAGGAUGCGCAUACCUCGCCGCACGGUAGUGAGGGCGGCCAACGACCCAAUGCCGUCUACGUGCACUGCGCCAUGGGAAAGUCGCGCUCCGUCACCGCCGUGUGCGCCUACCUGAUGCACAAGCACCCCUCUCGCUUCGGCGCCGCAGACCGGAGCAACCCUGAUCGUGAUACCGCAGCCCUCGCCGCCACCCAGGCCGCGGUCGACUGGGUUCGCCAGACGCGCGAGAUCGCCGAGCCCAACGACGGCUUCAUGAAACAGCUGGCACUGUGGUGGGAGAUGGGCACGCCCGCCGACGCCGACGAUGCCGUCGAGAGGCAUCCCAUCUACCAGCGCUGGUUGUACAAGCGCGAGGUCGAAGAGAGCAUCAGGAUCGGCCGGGCCCCAGACUGGGUGCGUUUCGAGGACGAGGAGUUGGCCAAGGAGGAUGCUGCCACUGCCGGCCAGGAACCUCGAAGCAAAGUCGAGAUGAGGUGCAAAAAGUGCCGCCGCGUGCUGACCACGCAGCGGUUCAUAAUCCCGCACUCCCCCGCCCACCCGACGAGCCACAAGACGCUGCCGACCUGCCCGCACGUCUUUGUCGAGCCUCUCUCGUGGAUGCGUCCCGUGUUGGAGACGGGUGAGCUCGACGGCAGGCUUACAUGCCCCGGCGCCAAGUGCGGUGCGUCCAUCGGGAGGUACUCAUGGCUCGGCUUCAAGUGCAGCUGCGGCGAAUGGGUCUGUCCUGCAUUCUCGCUGCAGAGGAGCAAAGUGGACGAGGUAGCUGUUGCCGCCGCCUCCGCCGGGUCAGUCAGACCUGGUUCGGACAACGUCGAGGACCCAAGGGCAAGGCUGGGCAUCCGCAUGCCGCCGUCUUUGAGGGAAAACCUCUGA